CCUUAGGCUCACUAAGAAAGAAAAGCCCUUUCUACAACAACGCAAUCUAGGUUUAGUUAAGAGCAGAAUAGUACACCACUUCUUAUCUUCUUGUCCUAGACUUCCCUGCAUUCUCAUAUUAGUUUCGGCAAUGCCCGUGUUCCAAAGCAAAACGUUCCGUCGUGCAACAACAGCUUCGUCUUCACUCGGGGAACGGAUUGGCGAGACCUACCGUGCUAGAUUGCCAAAGCAUCCGUUUCUUCUCUUUGGAUUACCCUUUGUUAUGAUAAUAGUCGCGGGGUCAUUUGCUUUGACCCCUGCUGCUGCCCUGAGAUAUGAACGGUACGAUCGCAAGGUGCAGCAAUUAAGCCAAGAGGAAGCAAUGAAUUUAGGGCUGAGAGGGCCAGACGGGGAAGAGGGAAUCAGAAGGAACCCUCGAAGACGGAUAAUUGGAGAUGAGAGGGAAGAGUACUAUAGGCUCAUGGCCAAAGAUUUGGACAACUGGGAGCAGAAAAGGGUGCAAAGAUUUAAGGGUGAGCCUGAUGGGAAACUCUGAAUAAUUUGCUUUAAGUACUAUUAUAUUUAUAUUACAUAUUCUGCAUUCUGAUUCUCUCGCUUGUUGGCUGUUUAAGCAUUUGUUCAUUGCUCUGCAGCCGAUCAGUUUGCUUCUGUUCCUAUAUAGAUACCUUCUUCCUUUCUCUCUCUCAUUCACUCUUGUGCUUAAUUGGAAACGGCCUUUGUGGGCGAAACUUUCAUGUACGCAUAACAACUGUUUCGAAUUCACUCAUUUAGUGAUUUCCACUUAUAAAAAGUCUGC